AUGAACAUAAUAAUGACUACGGUAGUGCUUGUUUGUUUGUUUAGUGGUUGCCUUUUCGAUACCGAUUAUGAGGAUAAUUAUGCUGGUGUUUGGAUUCGCCAUUAUCAUGAUGGCGCUUGUGAGGGCAUCGCUAUCCCUCUUACUGCUACGGAUUUUGACAUUGGUGGUUCCCAUGGUUUCACUGCUCAUACUCCUUCCAAAUACUGUCAUGCAUUCGGCAUUUUGGGCUAG